ACGGUCAAGUUCUAGCCAAUGUCCUAGCUGAUGGUGGGUUUAAAGUAUUGCUUUUACCUCAAGUUCAUGUAGGAAGGGGCCAAUGGGGAUAUAAAACCGUAACGGGAACACAACAACGUUCAGUUACAGUGGGAAUCCCCAUGAAACCGGGAGCCCAUUCAAAUAAUACGCGUUUAAAAAAUAUAAAUUGAUUUUCGUUUCUCAUCGUUAUUGUUAUCUUCGCUCAACUGUGAUCAGUAAAAUCGACGAAAAAUGUUGUCAUCAGCUAUAACAACCGGAUUCGUUCUACUGGCAAUUGCCGCUACAUUUGUCACCAGUUACACAAUCGGUAAUGCUCAGGACUACUCUUCACCGAGCUACAACCCCAGUAGCUUCAUAAGCCUGAAGGAACCCCAGAGCGUAGUCUCCACGAAUUAUGCAACAUCAAUAUCUCCACGUUACUCCCCAGUCUACAGUCCAUCUUCUUCCCACCCGGAGGUUUCCCAGUCGAGUGGGUACGUGGGACACUCCAGUGUGAACGCACCAGAGGUCUUAAACACCCUCACAGCCUCGUACCAGAGUGACUCAGGGUCAGAUCACGCGAGCUACUCAUCACCCCAGAACAUCGACUACGUCUCCAGCGGACACAGUCCCUCCUCAGGAUCUGUCAGCUUCUCGGGAUACAGUGGGAGUCAAGGAUCAAAUCAGGACUUGGGGGUAGAGUAUGCUUCCCCAUCAACGGCGUCGUCGUCAUACUCGUCGUCCCCGUUGAGUGGUUACUCGGUGGCAAAAGCAGCCGCCUACUCCAGCAGCGUUAAUCAUCCUAGCAGCCAGCACGGCACUUCUUAUCCCUCGAGUUCAAACGUAAAUUACGCGAGUCACUCACCCUCGACAUCGGCGGGUCACGCCUCCUACCCAGCGCACUCAGGAUCAUUCAUCGGAGGAAAACAACCGGGAUCUUCCUACGCCGGCGAAUCCGCCCAGAGCAGCUUCUCCGAUGGUCACAGGCUCUCUCCAAGCGCCCUGAAGAGCUUCAUGAGCAGCCUUCACAGGGAGUCCCCUGGAAGUUACCACUCGUCUGGCCCCAGUCAUUCGUCCAACUACAUCCACCCAGCCCUCGCCAGCGCCAGCUACUCUAAGUCCCCGGGGCCCUUCUUCAGCGGUGGCUUUCCCAAAGGCGCUGGCAAAAUCAUCAUUAUCAAGGAUGGAUCUGGAACGCACGCUCUGAUGCAUCCUGAGUCCAGUUAUCCCAGUGGCAUGUUCUCGGGGGGAUCUGGGUACAAGGUCAGGAGCGCUGGGCCUUUCUCUUCUGGGCAUCAUUAUGGCAGUCCCAGUAGUAGUUACAGCCACUCACCCGGGUAUUCUGGGACCAGUGGGCAUCCUAAUACAGCAGGCUCUGGUACUUCUUACUUUGGGUAUUCGUAAAGUUUGUAGAAGACGUGUCGCUUGGGGACUGAUGAAGUUAUUCUUCUUUAUUUAUUGUUGUUGAUAUUUGAAUUUAUUAUUAUACUUAUGAUUGAUGGUUUAAUGUUGAGUUGAAUAAAGUGUGAUGAAAAAUAUUACUUUA